UCAUUAAAAUCGAGUAAAAAUCUCAUAUCUAACUAAUACUAAAAGGGAUAUAUGAGGAGUAAGGAGGCUGUCCACGUCCUCAUUUAAAAUCAGCCAAUAGGAUAUUUGAAAUUCGUCACGUCAGCAGUCCGCGAAUUUAUCUGGGCUUAAAGUUUAACCGGCCCGGUUCUGAUCGGUUUCGUCGAGCCCGUUAAGCCCAAAACGCGGUAGAUACGGCUUCCCCUUCUACGCGAUAACAAACCCUAAUUUUCCCAUUAUCAAAUCUCGGACCCUUUCUCUUCGCUUUUCUCUUCGUCUUCUCAGAUCAAGUGAUAAGGAUCAGAAUAUUCUAACCUUCUUCUUCGUUUGAUUGCUUCCAAACGGAUACAAACUGGAUGUCAGUCGGCUUCCAAAAUAUUAUCUCGGAUCCUUCUUCUUUCCUGGAAAAUUGAAGGUGUAUCCCCUUUUCUCCCUCUCUCUUCCUUCUUGAUUAUUUUCAUAACUACAAUUGGAUAUACGAUUCAAUCUAAUUUAGGGGUUUAAUAUCAAUUGUUAUCCCAAUUUCUUUCAAUUGAUCCAGGUGAUUCUUUCUUCUCUUCUAGGAGGGUGAGUUUUAAGUUAAAUACUGAACUUUUUACUGUUCGUUAUAUCUCUUUAAUUUGUUCAACGAUUUGAGUUCCUAAGCCUUGAGGAAUGAAUCAUAACAUUUAAAAAUUCUAAGUUGUAUAAGUUUCAGUAAUUACUGAAUCCUGUCGUAUUAUCAAGCCAUGGUGGCACAACUGGAACAUCAGUUUCGACUUAGAAGACUUUCUCUCCAAGGAUUAUGGUUUUACUGUCACCCCAUGAUGGGAUCCAUGCGCGCAUUGGCUGCCGUAAUUCAUCAGGCUUCGGCAAAGAAUUUUGUGGGUUCUGGUGUACUUAAUCUCUUGAAGAGUCAGGCUAAAGCGAUGGCUGGUGAUAACUCAGUGAGGUCAUUGUUAGAGAAAAUGACCGAGUGUGCAAGCAAUGCAUACCUCAGCAUAUUGGAAAGGUGGGUCUAUGAAGGAAUCAUUGAUGAUCCGUAUGGGAAGUUUUUCAUUGCUGAGAACAGGUCUCCUAAAAAGGGGAGCCUCAGUCAGGACUCUACGGCAAAAUAUUGGAGCCAAAGAUACAGCCUCAAGGAGACUUCCAGAAAAUUUUAGUAUAUAGUUAAUCUAGAUCUAGAUGAAGAGAAAGCAAGAGGAGAUUACUAAAGCCAAGCUAGCCAUGGAAAGGAAAAAGAAGCUGGCAGAGAAAGCCGCUGCUAAAGCUUCCAUAAGAGCUCAAAAGGAAGCUGAGAAGAAAGAACAAAAGGAGCGAGAGAAGGCGGCCAAGAAGAAGACAGGAGACAGGAACGCAUACGAGGCCAUCUCUGAGGAAGUUCCAGAGGCUUCUGAGGCUGAGAAGGAGGAGAUUGAAGCUCCAGUGAAGGAGAAACCAAAGAAGGAAAAGAAAGUCUUGAAGGAGAAGCCAAUAAGGAACAGGAUCCGCAAUAGAGGAGGACCGGAAACACUCCCGAGACCAAUGCUCAAGCGUAAGAUGCAGACUAACUACAUGGUUUGGGCUGCUCCAGCUGCUGUUGUGGUACUAAUGCUUCUUGUCUUGGGUUACUACUACGUUCUCUAGAUCAAGGGAAGCUGCGUUUGCUGUAGUUUGGGUCUUUUUAAAGCUUUCUUUUGAGGAUGAGACUCUUUAAAAUUUAUGUCUCAUUUACAUACUGAGUAGAACUCUUCUCUUUUUAAAUACUUUUUUACAUUUCACUUAUGUAUAUAUAAAUCCAAAAAUAGAAAAUGGUAGUUAAUUAAAAGGUUACAAUUUUAAAGACGAUAUUCUAUGUUGAUAAUUUUAAAAUUACUAUAAAUAUAAAACAAAUUAUUAAUAUAAACGUGUAGCCUGGAUAAUAACUUAGAAUGUGUAUAACUAAAGUAAAAUUUAAUAUUGAGUUUGUACACAAUACUAUCAAAGUAUCAUAGACAAAGGUCAUGGAACCUAAAAACAAGGUCAUGAAACACAAAAGAAGAAGUGAGACAAUUGCGAGAAUAAUAAUAAUGCAGUUCGUAAGUUUGCAACUCAGAUUGUAGGGCUUGAUCAAACCAUAGGAGUUAGAAUUCUUAAACCGUUUUUGUAUAUAAAUUAUUUUCAGAAACACACAAAACGUCUAUGCAAUGUGUUUAAUCUGAUUUAAGUUAAGAGCUCUUCAGAAUUUUUGAUUAAAAACCUAAUUCCAGAUCUCAGACAGUGAUAAUUUUUGUAUUUAUCUACCAUUUAUAAAUUUUAGAAAGCUUUUAAGUUGGUUUUGAAAUCCUCACUCAUACCAUAUUUGAGCAAAUAUCUCAGCCUUGCAUAAAGGGAUGAUCGAGCACACAAACACUACCCAGCAAACAGAAAAAAAAAGCUAGAACAUCAAAUAAUAGUAUCAAUAUUAAAAAUUAUUUCCAAAAAAACUGAUUAAUUAAAUAAUUAAAAUAAGAAACUGAAAAGUUAAUAUUACAUCAACAACAGUAAGAAAGUAAACCUUCUAUAAAUUUAUAACUAAAAAUAUUUCAAAUCAUGAAGCAAAAUUUUCUUUCUAUUACAAACAAACUUAAAAAAAAAACACACAUAAAUUAAAUAGCAACAAUAAAUGUUAAAUUUAAAUUUUGGUUAAAAAGGUUGACAAAAUUAUUUUGGUUAAAACGAUUAAUUGAAGACAACAAAUAAAGAACCGGUAUACAAGUCGGUGGUACUUUCUUUUAAAGACAAGUACAAAAGGAAACUUAAUAAUUUUAAAACCAAUCAAAAUUUAUAUAGUACUAAUUAUAAGUUUUACAGUUGUUUUACAUAAAAAUAAAUAAACAAGAUAAAGAAUAUAUAUAGAUAUUAACUUAUAAUUUAGUUAACUUUUUAUUAAUCUUACUAAUAUCCUACAUAAAACUCCAAUAAAACACAACAGAAUAUUUCAAACAUUUUUAAAUUUGCAUUAUGUUUAUAAUUCUAUAACAAGUUUCAGUGUACAUCAUAUUUGUCCAAUUUUAAAAUAUAAAUAUAAAAAUUAAACUAAUAUUAUAGGAAAAAAUCCGGGCGUAGCCCGGAAAACCUCCUAGUACUCUUAAUGAGGCAAAAAGUGAUCUGAGGUAUUCUUACGAAAUCUGACAUACUCUUUACUCUUCAUGAAAUAAGAGAUUUCCAAUUUUGCCCUUACGUUUUCCCUCCUCAAUUAAAAAUUUGAAUUUUGAAUUUUAGGUAUCAAAUUUACAAUUUGAAUUUUGAAUUUUACUGAAACUACGAAACAAGUUGAACCAAGUUAUACAAUUGUCGAAUUUUAGGUAUCAAAUUUAAAAUUUGAAUUUUAGUGAAAGUUGAACCAAGUUAAACCAUGUUAUAUUAUUGUCAAAUUAUAUUUUUGGUGUACAUAUGUCCUAGUUUCACCAAGUUAUACCUCAAGACUGGUAUAACUAUGUUAUAGUUUUACCAAAUUGUACAUUUGUCAAGGUACAACUUGGUAAACUAUCACCUAGUUAUACAGUUUUACCAAGUUACAAAGUAGUAUAAUUUGGUAAAACUGUAUAACUAGGUUGUAGUUUUACCAAGUUGUACAUUUGUCAAAAGAUACAACUUAGUAAGAUUAUAACCUAGUUAUACAGUUUUACCAAGUUACACAAAUAGUAUAACCUGGUAAAAUUGUUUUUCUGGGUUUGUAGUUUCACUUCCGUGUUCUACUUUGAUAUAUGCGUUUCUGGAUCUUAAAACCGAUAAUACCAAAAAUCAGACUGAAGUUGAUGCGGAGAAUAAGCGAAGUAGUAGGUAGAGAAGAAGAAGGAAAAUGUGAAGAAGAAAAUGAAAAAAACAGUUGAGAUUCAAAGAAGAACAAAAGAAAAAACAGAAAAAUCAGUAGACGAAGAAUGAAAGAUAGAUCUAGAUUCAAAGAAGAGCAAAAAAAAUAUAGAGAAAACUAAGAUAAAAACGGAGCAAUCAGUACAGAUGAAAAUCGAAAAUAAAACAAGAGAAACAGAGAGAAAAACAGAUUCGAAAAAGAAGAGAUUUGAAUGAAAGAAUGAAUGAAAGAGAAGAGAUAAAAAAAGAGAAGAGAGAAAGAAAGAAGAUGAAGAAUGAAAGAUAGAUCUAGAUAUGUAGAGAUAAGGAAAAAAAUUAGGUUUAAUGGCAUAGUCUGUAAAUAACUAUAUUCAUUAAUGGUAUAUUGGGUUUUUAGUCAGAUUUCGAAUUAAAAAUAAAUAAAAAUAAAAUGAAUUUCAGAUGGAGAGUAUCUGAGCUCUUUUUUUUCCAUAGAGGAGUACCUGAGCAUUUAAUUCAUUAAAAUCUAGUGUGAUGCGGAUUCAAAUUCGGAUUUUUUGGAGAUUCAUGGAACGUCUUGACCACUCGACCACAGACGCAUGGUUAUAAAAACAAUAAUUGGGUCCGACACUGACGAAUAUCCGACAGAAUAUGUGAUCCCUUUUGUCCCAAACAAACAUCUACUUUUCUGAUUUGCUUCGAUCCGGAAAUCUGGAUAUCCCGAGUUUUUUUAAAUAUUCGUAGAUUAUUCGAUUCGAUCCGCUAAUUAUAUUAACAAUAAAAAAUAAUAUAUAAUAUUAAAAUUGAAUAAAAAACUUUUAAAAAUAUCAACUUAAAAUUAAAAUUAAAUAUCAUACUAACACAGUAACAUUUUAAACAUAAAUUAUAAAGCAAAUUUUAAUAUUAACAAACCUAAUAAGAAAAUUUACAUGUUAACUUUUGAUUCAACAUAAAAAUAAAUUUGAUAUGCAAUAAUCCAAACAAAAAUUUGAAAAACAACUUAAAAUAAAAACUAACCAAAUUAUAUCAUAAAAUAUGUAUAGAUAUGAUAGUUUAUAUAUACAAUUACAUUACAUAUCUAUAAAUACAUAAAUCAGACUGGAUAUCUGGCUUUCUAAAAAAUAAUAUUUGUGAUUUGUUUUAUUUUUUACGAAUAUCACAUUUUGCUAUUUGCUUUGAUUCGAAACUUUACGGAUAUCAAGAUUUUCGAAUCGAAACGAAUAACGAAUCAGAUCAAAUUUAACGGAUAAUUUGCUCAAUCCUAAAUAAUAGUUCGAUGUUGUAUGUUUUAUUAUGCUGGAGGAGCCCAUAAGUUUAUGUUAUGACGUUUGUUCAACAAACCAUAUUUGUUUUGAAUGCUAGAGCAACGCUGCCAAUGGAAGCUACAAUGACUUGUUUAUAAAUUCUAGUCCUCAACAAAAGCUUUCGAACAUGCAUCAUGGUUAUCUUGUAUCCGGACAAGAACAAAAAUACUUACGAAAAUAGGUUGAUUGGUUAAAAUUUUUAUUUCAUUCAAAAAGAAAGUGCCAAGCAGAACAUCAGGAUUCAAGGGUCUUCCAAAAGAUUAAGAUUAUGUUAACAUAUAGUACAUCGUUACACUGUUAUUUUUUUUAUAUAAAUCCAACCACGGCCGUCUCAAAUUAAUUUUAGGCCCUGUUCAAAAAAAAUUUUAAUCGUACAUUUUAUCACGUAAGUUUAAAAUUUAAUAAUUUUGUCUGAUUUUUCUAAUUAUAAGUUCUAAAUUUAGCAUUAUAUCUAAAAUUUUUUAAAAAAAAUUACCAUAAUUUAUCUAUAUAUUUUGAAAAAUCUUUAAAUUUUUUAUUUUUAUAUUUCGGGGCCCUGUUCGACCGCUCCACUUGCGCGUGCUGUUAGACGGCCCUGAAUCCAACUAAAUAAAAUCUUAGAAGAAAUUAGAAAAGAUUUGAAGUAACUCCGCAGUCAACAUGAGAUGUGGCAAUAAUAACUAACUCUGUAAAAUUGCAUUUAAGACUGGUAAUAACUGAAAGAAGCUGAUACAAAGAGAAAACAUACUUUUAUUUCACAUAGAAACUUCUCUAUAGAGCUGCAACUUGAUUAAACUUUACCUUACAAAUUUGGACAAUAUAAACAAACUUACAUCUCAGACCAUCUCCAAUGGUACUCUAUAAUUUUUUCUAUAAAAUAUAGUAAUUAUAUUAUAGAGUUGGAUUUGCUCCAUUGGUUCGCUCUAUAAUAGAGUUAUUCUAUAAUAGAGUGAAAUAUAGAGUAUUCUUGUUUUUUCACUCUAUAUUUAGAGUAAAAAAAAUAAAAUUACUCUAUAUUUCACUCUAUUAUAGAGUAACUCUAUUAUAGAGUGAACCAUUGGAGCAAAUUUAACUAUAUAACAGAGUUACUCUAUUUUAAUGUAAAUUAUAGAGAAAAAAAUAGAGUUCCUUUGGAGAUGCUCUCAUAAGACCAAAAUCCAUACUUUAAUCUACUAUAGACAGAAGCUUUUCAUUGACCGAUUAUCAUCCUAAUAAAUCGGCUCGCUCAUUUACUUAGCUCGAAGUAUAACUCUAGUACGUAGUACAUAUGCCCUUUUGUUUUCGUUGAUACAUGCAUAGAUCUUGCCGCAGUACUCGAACAAGCUGCACAAAAUUGAAACCCUUCAUCCCUCGCUAGUAAGAACAACAAUCUCCACUCUAUUUUAAUACAAAGAAAACAUAUGUAGUAGAGCAAUCAUUAUAUUUACAACCACAUUAAUACUUUUUUAGUUCACUAUUUUCAUUCAAUAAGCUAAAUAAACAGUUAAAACGGAGGGUUUGUGUCGCAAUUAUACUAUCCAAAGAUGUCGCGUUGUCCUUCUGUCUUUUCCUAUAAUUCUCCGAGACUCAAUUUGUCUGGCAAGGUUUUCACAUAUUUGCUAAAUAUCAACUCAAGAUUCACCAGCAUAAACCUGCUAAACAUAAGAUGGUUCUAGACCAUUGUCCAUUGCAUCGUGAUUUAUGGUCCAUAUUUUUACAAUAUACUGGUCAGUGGUCACCCAACCUGCCUCAUCAUAUUUUUACACCAAACAUCAAAAAUAUUUAAUUCUGUCCUAUUAUUAAUAAUGCAUAGGGACUGAUGGUGUAAUAGACUACGAAGAAAACAAUGAUCCUUGAUCAUUGAAAAGUUUGAAUACAGUCAGUUCUGUAAAUAUGAGGAACACGCAUUAAAGAAAUUGUUUUGACAUAAUGGAAGUAGACCACUGAUAGGUAUGUUACAAACGAAAUACAACUUUUUACACAUCAAGACAGUGUAGACCUAGAGAAUUGAGAGGACGUUGUUAGAAAACAAAAAAAUACAGUUGUGUAAGCGCUAGCAAUACAAUGGCAGGAUGUGGUGUAAGAAAUGUAUUGGUUUACUCGGUACACUACAAUAAUGUUCUAUAAAAGGCUGACCAGAAAACAAAAGUCAAGACUCUAGUUAGUCAUGAGUGGAUCGAAUAAAUUUAGUAAUCGCGUUUCUCCUAGAAAUCGCGUUUACUGCAAAAAAUAAAUAUCUAAAAAAUGAUGUGUCACACAAGUUCGUGCAUGUCCCGUGUUAAGAUUGGCAUAUGGGGCCACAAAUAUUCCACCUUCCUUGUACUAUAUAAAGAGGCCUAUUCUUUGUUUUCAAACCUCAACACAUUCGAUCCUUUCUCCGUGAGCGAUAAGUUAUUUUCAGUUCGACUCCACGAACAUGGAUCAUUCAGAAAAUAUUCCCUCUUGCGAUCGUAAACCUCCUCGUUUGACAAGAGAUCAAGAGCAUGUGAUCAUGGUUUCUGCUCUGAGACAAGUGAUAUCCAACGUCAGAGGUGACGACACUUCAUCAUCGAACUCGGUUGCAUGCGAAGCUCUUCAUCAACCUUUGGAAGCUGGCCCUUGUCCUCUCUGCGGUAUCACGGGUUGCUACGGUUGCGCAUUCCCACGGCGUGAAGAGAUAAAGAAGGAGACAAAGCACAAAGGUGUGAGGCAAAAGCCAUCAGGAAAAUGGUCGGCGGAGAUAUGGGAUCCCAGUUUGCAAGGAAGAAGAUGGCUUGGAACGUUUCCAACAGCUAAAAUGGCAGGGAAGGCCUACGAUGAUGCGGCAGCUAAGCUUGUCAAAAGAAAAAAAGCAAGAAGAGGCACAACGAAUGAAGAGGAACCAUGAACCGAAACGAAGACGGGGGAAGAUGGUUGAGAAUUCUUCUGUUCGUGUUUCAUUCCAAGUAACACAUGCAGUGGAGUCAUUGUUAUAUACAAAAUUACAAAUCAUUUAUUUCAUUGAUCAGAUUCUUUUACAUGUGUUAAAUAUUGUAUGUUUAUAUAUUGUGAUUGUUUUUUUCUUCUUCAGUUUUUUGCUUUAUAACUAAAUUUGAUUUUUUUUUCAUAUCUUUAUAAUUUAUUUGAUAAGUCCGUUUAUUACAUGUCGCGCUCAUGUUAAUUCUUACGAUGGUUACUAUUAAUGAAUUUAAAAUAUUAACUUAAUUACCAUUAUUAAAUUUAUUUUUCUUGUUAUUUAGUAGUUUUUGUUAAGAGCUUUUUGCAAAAUUGAUCUAGAACUCAAAGUCAAACACAAAACUAACCUUUUUUUUUUUGAAAAUUAGUUUUGCCCUAUUCACCCUACAAGUUCAUAUAAUUCACGAAAAUACCAUCAAUUUUUUUCUUUUCGAAAAUGACAUUUUUACUCUCACCCUCAUCAUUUUCAAGUAAUUACAAGAUUGUCAUUGUUAUCAAUACCCCAACCAUCAUGAACAACCAAUUUGAAGCUCUUAAUGCUUCCAAAAUCGGUUUACCCUUCUUCUUUCUCCAUUCUUAUGAACUAAACACAACAUCUCUCUCACUUUCUCUCCACAUUUAGCUAAAAAAAUCAAGAUUUUGAUUCUACAUUUUUUAUGGUUCAUAGAAUCAUAGAAGCUGACGAUUCUGGAUGGUUCACUUUCGUUUGAGAUUUUGUGUGCUUGGAGAAGCCUUAUGUGUGCUAAGAAAGUUAUCUCACCAAUUUAAGGUAUGAAAUCGAGUUCUUUUUCCAGAUAUGUUCGUCCAGACGACUUUCCAGGUAAGUCGUCUGGCUGUAGACAAUUCUAUCUGCCUUAUGAGAAAUAUUACAUAGAUGAUAUUACAGCCGACAAUUCUAUCUGCCUUAUGAGUAUUCACGUCUGACUGCAUCACCCUGAGUAGCCCUAUGAGAUCUAUUUCUGACGGUACUCCUUGCGCCAUGCUGAAGAUCUCUUGUAAGCAUUUUCUCUAAUUUUCUGCAUAAUUCGCAUUUUCUGGAAAUUGAAACCCAGACCUCUUCCUGUAGAAAUUGCGUUAUCUAGGGUUUGAACCCCAGACCUGGGUGUAGAAGCUUUUAAACCUUGACCACGAUUCUUCCACACAAGUUUAUGUCAUGUUCCAAUUUCUUCUCUUACCACUAAACUACCAUUAAUUACAAGCCCGGCCCGUGGCAUAAGCCACAUAAGCAUUUGAGUAGAGCCUAAUCUUUGAAUUUUAAAAUUUUCAUUAUGAAUUUGUUUUGUUUAUGUUUUUUGAUAAAUCCUAUCAACUAUUCAGUGGAUCCAGAAAAAAUACACUUUAGUGAUAUAGAGUGGACUAGUCCCUGAAAACGUAUCAUAUUGUCUGAUCCAAAUUUGAAUAUCUUCCGACUAUUGUCAGAGGGUAAAUCGAUGUUACGAUCAGACUCUAAUUACUUAGUUAAUUUUUUAUAUUUACGUGGUAGUUUAUGAAAAUUAAGUAAAUAUAUGUUCCAACUCGUUACCUUGAGUAUGCUGUAGCAGUUCAUGUACAGACUUUCAUAAACCGUUAGGUAAAUGGUCCCGGAGAUAUGGGAUCCGAGUUGGCAAAGACGGAGAUGGCUUAGAACGUUUCCAACAGCUAAAAUGGCAGCAAAGGCUUACGACGAUGCGGCGGCUAAGCUUGUCAAAAGAAAGACAGCAAUAAGUGGCACAAUGAACGAGAGGAACCAACCACGACGGUGGAAGAUGAGUGAGGAAUUUUUUGGUCGUGUCUCAAAGUAAACAUGCAGUGGAAUUAUAAUAUACAAAAACGUCACACAUCAUUUAUUUCAUGAUCAGAUUUUAUUUACAUGUGUUAAAUAUUGUAUUUGACU